GAAUCUUUCUUGUUCUUUUUACAGGCAUUUUUUUCAAAGUGAACAUAAGAAAAAGGUAAAUAAAGUAAUAUUCUCUUGUGUAUGUAUAAUUAAUUUGUUGUAAUGAUCUUAUAUUAUUCAAUAUUCUUCACUGUUUCAAACCCCAAAACCAGCCAAGAAGAAAGAACCAAAAUGAAACCAUUCAAGAAACUCCACCACCACCACCAUCAUCAUCAUCAUCAUCUUCAACAACAUCAUCUUUUCCUUCUCAUAAUUCUAACAAGUUUUUUCUUAACAUCUUAUGCCUCUAAAGAUUCUCUGACAAUUAGAACCUGUGGUAAAAUCCCAAUUCAAGAGCCAUUUUUUUCUAUUCAAACUUCAAAUCUUUCAUCCCCAUUCAAUCACAUGCUUCUCUGCCAAUCUCAGAAGCUGUACUACAGAACCUCAGUAGGCCUUUUCCCAAUCUCCUCCAUUAAUUACACCACUAAACUUCUUACUAUUUCUGACACUUGUUCUUCUCCUCACUAUUAUUUUUCACUCUCAGUUGGUUUUCCCAAACCCUCAAAACCCAACUCACUUCUUCUCCUCAACUGCUCAAACAGUACUACUACUACUAGUACUACCACUGCUAACAGUGCUUGUUUAUCAUUAUUACAAACAUGUGGAGUACAAGAAGAUGUUGUUAAGAAGGAGAGAUGUUCUAGUUCCAUAUUUAUUGAUGAUUUUGAAAAUCUUGACAUGGGUUUUCACCCCAGACACUUGAAUUGCUCACAUUACACUAGAUUGUAUUAUGAUGAAUUUGAAGGGGUCAAAUUGGGGACUAGGGUUUCUUUUGAUGUGCCUGAUCAUUUGCCUAAUAUUUGCAAUGAAUGUGAAAAACCAAAUGGCAAUUGUGGUGUUGGACUGAGGUGUAUGUGCCACCCAAAAGAGUGUAAGGACAAGGUAAUUUCAAAGGGUGGAUCCUUGUAUGAUUAUGUUGGUAAAAUUAUGUUAGUCUCUUUGGUUUCUUUUCUAGUAGUUAUGCUUUCAGUUGAAUUUUGAUCAUGUAAUGAACUUAAUUUUAUGAGUUCAAGAGUACAAAAAACUUUUACCCUUUUUCUCUU